AUGGCGGCGGCGGCGGGCGCCCCUCCGCCGGGUCCGCCUCAGCCGUCUCCGCCGCCGCCGCCCGAGGAGUCGUCGGACAGCGAGCCCGAGGCGGAGCCCGGCUCCCCGCAGAAGCUCAUCCGCAAGGUGUCCACGUCGGGCCAGAUCCGCCAGAAGACCAUCAUUAAAGAGGGGAUGCUGACCAAACAGAACAACUCAUUCCAGCGAUCAAAAAGGAGGUACUUCAAGCUUCGAGGGCGGACACUGUACUAUGCCAAAACUGCGAAGUCGAUCAUAUUUGAUGAGGUGGAUCUGACGGACGCCAGCGUGGCCGAAUCCAGCACCAAAAACGUCAACAACAGUUUUACGGUCAUCACGCCGUGUAGAAAGCUCAUCUUGUGCGCUGAUAACAGGAAAGAAAUGGAAGAUUGGAUCGCAGCCCUGAAGACUGUGCAGAACAGGGAGCAUUUUGAGCCUACCCAGUACAGCAUGGACCACUUCUCAGGGACGCACAACUGGUACGCCUGUUCCCACGCGAGGCCCACCUACUGCAACGUGUGUCGUGAGGCGCUCUCAGGGGUCACGUCCCAUGGGCUGUCUUGUGAAGUAUGCAAAUUCAAGGCCCACAAGCGGUGUGCUGUGCGUGCAACCAACAACUGCAAGUGGACCACGCUGGCCUCCAUCGGGAAGGACAUCAUAGAGGAUGAGGAUGGGAUUGCUAUGCCCCACCAGUGGCUGGAGGGAAACCUGCCGGUGAGCGCCAAGUGCACCGUGUGCGACAAGACCUGUGGCAGUGUGCUGCGCCUGCAGGACUGGCGCUGCCUCUGGUGCAAAGCUAUGGUACACACAGCAUGUAAGGACUCCCUGCUGACCAAGUGCCCGCUGGGCCUGUGUAAAGUGUCUGUCAUUCCUCCCACGGCACUCAACAGCAUCGACUCCGACGGGUUCUGGAAGGCCACGUGUCCGCCGUCAUGUACCAGCCCCCUGUUGGUCUUUGUCAACUCAAAGAGUGGGGACAACCAGGGCGUGAAGUUCCUCCGAAGAUUCAAGCAGCUGCUGAACCCUGCCCAGGUCUUUGACCUCAUGAAUGGAGGGCCACACCUCGGCUUACGGUUAUUCCAGAAGUUUGACACAUUCCGGAUUCUGGUUUGUGGCGGGGAUGGCAGUGUAGGCUGGGUGCUCUCUGAAAUCGACAGCCUCAACCUUCACAAACAGUGUCAGCUGGGAGUGCUGCCCCUGGGGACAGGGAAUGACCUGGCCCGUGUGCUUGGCUGGGGCUCGGCCUGUGACGAUGACACGCAGCUCCCGCAGAUCCUGGCGAAGCUGGAAAGGGCCAGCACCAAGAUGCUGGACAGGUGGAGCGUCAUGGCAUACGAGACCAAACUGCCCCGGCAGGCCUCCUCCUCCACAGUCACCGAGGACUUCAGCGAGGAUUCCGAGGUGCAGCAGAUUCUCUUCUAUGAAGACUCGGUCGCAGCCCACCUCUCCAAGAUCCUGACCUCGGACCAGCACUCGGUGGUCAUCUCUUCGGCCAAGGUGCUCUGUGAGACGGUGAAGGACUUCGUGGCCCGGGUCGGGAAGGCCUACGAGAAGACGACCGAGAGCUCAGGGGAGUCGGAGGUCAUGGCCAAGAAGUGCUCGGUCCUGAAAGAGAAGCUGGAUUCUCUCCUCAAGACCCUGGACGACGAGUCCCAGGCCACGUCCUCGCUGCCCAACCCACCCCCCACCAUCGCCGAGGAGGCUGAGGACGGGGACGGGGCGGGCGGCGGCUGCGGGGCUGCCCUGGGCCGCUCCGUGGGCUCCGCGUGCCCGGCCCGGCCGCAGAUAUUCCGGCCUCGGGAGCAGCUCAUGCUGAGAGCCAACAGCCUGAAGAAGGCGAUUCGCCAGAUCAUCGAACACACCGAGAAAGCCGUCGACGAGCAGAACGCCCAGACCCAGGGGCAGGAGGGCUUCGACCUGGGCCUCUCGGAGUCCGAGAAGAAAGACCCCAAGGCGGAAGACAGGGUGUGCCUGCCGCCGCUCCAUGCCGAGGGCUGUGGGGCCGCCAAGGGAAGGAGCUUCCGCAAAGUGUCCAGGGCCCCGUGUGAGAAGCUGAUGGGCAAAGGAGCUUUGUCCCUGGGCAGCUCCGCCUCUCUUCCCCCCCAGACAGGAGGCCGCGACAGCUUGCCUGCGCUCAACACCAAGAUCCUGUACCCGAGUGUUCGCGCUGGGCUGUCUGGUUCCUUGCCUGGGAGCUCCGUCAUCAGUCGCCUGUUGAUCAAUGCCGACCCCUUCAACUCAGAGCCAGAAAACCUAGAGUAUUACACCGAAAAGUGCGUCAUGAACAACUACUUCGGCAUCGGGCUGGAUGCGAAGAUUUCGCUGGACUUCAACAACAAGCGCGAUGAGCACCCGGAGAAAUGCCGGAGCAGGACCAAGAACAUGAUGUGGUACGGGGUCCUUGGCACCAAGGAGCUGCUGCACAGGACCUACAAGAACCUGGAGCAGAAGGUCUUGCUGGAGUGUGACGGGAGACCCAUCCCCCUCCCCAGCCUGCAGGGGAUCGCUGUGCUCAACAUCCCCAGCUAUGCCGGGGGGACCAACUUCUGGGGGGGCACCAAGGAAGAUGACACCUUCGCCGCUCCGUCGUUCGAUGACAAGAUCUUGGAGGUGGUGGCCGUGUUCGGCAGCAUGCAGAUGGCUGUGUCCCGCGUCAUCAAGCUGCAACAUCACCGAAUCGCCCAGUGUCGCACCGUGAAGAUCUCCAUCCUUGGGGACGAGGGCGUGCCUGUGCAGGUGGACGGAGAGGCCUGGCUCCAGCCCCCAGGGUACAUCCGGAUCAUCCACAAGAACCGGGCCCAGACGCUGACCAGGGACCGGGCCUUCGAGAACACCCUCAAGUCCUGGGAGGACAAGCAGAAGUGCGAGCUGCCGCGCCCGCCGUCCUUCUCGCUGCACCCCGAGAUCCUGUCUGAGGAGGAGGCCGCCCACAUGGACCAGUUUGGGCAGGCCGCGGGGGUCCUCAUUCACAGUAUCCGGGAAAUAGCUCAGUCCCACCGAGACAUGGAACAGGAACUCGCACAUGCAGUCAAUGCCAGCUCCAAGGCCAUGGACCGGGUGUACGGCAAGCCCCGAGCCGCCGAGGGACUGAGCUGCAGCUCUGUCGUGGAGAUGGUGAACAGCAUCCGCGCUCUGCGCAGCGAGACGGGGCUGCUGCUGGCCGGGAAGAUGGCGCUGCAGCUGGAUCCCCCGCAGAAGGAGCGGCUCGGGGCCGCCCUCGCCGAGAUGGACCGGCAGCUCAGGAAGCUGGCGGACACCCCCUGGCUGUGCCAGCCCCUGGAGCCCAGCGACGAAGAGACCGUGAUGCUGGACCCUUCCAAACGCGGCCGCAGCGGCAAGUUCCGCCUGGUGACCAAGUUUAAGAAGGAGAAGAACAACAGGAACAAGGAAGCGCGCAGCAGCCUGGGAGCCCCUGUUCACCUCUGGGGCACAGAGGAGGUCGCUGCCUGGCUGGAGCACCUCAGUCUCUGUGAGUAUAAGGACAUCUUCACGAGGCACGACAUCCGGGGCUCCGAGCUCCUGCACCUGGAGCGCAGGGACCUCAAGGACCUCGGCGUGACCAAGGUGGGCCACAUGAAGAGGAUCCUCUGUGGGAUCAGGGAGCUGAGCCGGAGCACCCCUGCCGCCGAGGCCUAGCCUUCGCCUUCUCGGCCUGCGUGGCCCGCGCCUCCCGCCGCUGAGGCCCGGAGGCGCUUUCUCAUGGUGCUACUGCCCUCGCCAGCGACGGGAAGCCUCCUGUGGCCGUUCCCGGCGGCUCUGGGGGCAGGAACAUACCAACAUGGCUACCUUCGAACCACCACCUGUUCCAACGCGGAGUCUGCCCCGUCGUGGGCCCAGCCUGGGGGUGCCCCACCCCGGAACAGUCCGUGUGCCUGACAGCUGCCGCGGGUGGCCCCGCUGCUACCUUCCUGUUUGUCACCGUUCGGUUUGGACAACAAAGCUGCACUUUCCCGGUGGGAAGUGGCAUGGAUUUCUCUCCUGGGCUGGCUGUCCUGACGGUUCGAGAAGGAACUCACCCCUGCCUCGGGCCGGGCUCCCUGCUUGAGCCUCCGGUGAGACGGGCCACUGCCGCGGUGCCCCGCUGCUGUGGGGGUGGAGCUUGCGGCUCGUUCCGAGAGCACGAGCUGCUCCCCGGGGCAGGCAGGGGUGGCCGGGGCCUGAGGCCGGCUCUGUGGCCGAAGCCGCUGUUGGGCCGGUGUCUCUGGAGGUGUCCGUGGGGACCGUGUACUGCUCCUGAGCAGGUGGCUCUGAGCUGUCAGAGGGCAGUGCUGGUGCAGGGGAGAUCCUGGGGAGAGGCGUCCUGCCUGUGGGACUGUCCCCAGGCUGCCAAGAGGGGCGUCACGCACACUGGUGUUGGACCUUGGUAAGGGUCAUCCAUGACCCAGCUCCUCGCCGGAGGAGGCCGCCGGCCUGAGGCUCUGCCCUCCAUGGAGGACAGCGCCGUGUGGGUUUGAGUCACGCAGGAUGCUGCGACAGAAUCUGCUGCUAAGGGCGUCGGCCAGCGGAGCAGAUGCCCCUGUAUGUCGUGGGCGGGGCUCCCCGCUGGCGCGCCUUCAGGGACUGGCUUGGUUCCUGGGGGGACGUGCAGAAUGAGAUGGCGCAGUCCCUGCUGUGGCUGCUUGUUGUGUGUGCGACCGACUCGGCUGCCGAGAGCAGCCAUAUGUGAUGGACGGAACCGGGGAGGAAAGAACCCGGCCCCGGAAGUCCUUUGCUUGCUGGAGUGGAGGUGGCUAGUGGGCGAGGGCCCGCACUGCCCGCCUGGCCCCUGCCUCCCUGGCGCAGGGGGCGUGAGAAGCAGGCAGUGGUGGCCCCUGGGGCCCAGCAGGGCCACCUGAGUGCUCGGUAUCCUCUUGGGAAAGUGCUGGGUUUGGGUCGCGUGUUUGAAAUUAAUGUGUCGUUGAUUAAAACAACACUGUUUACGUAAAAACCAUUUUUCUAAUUCUAACACGAGAAGUGACAAGCAGCGACCGCGUUCCCCGCAUGCUGUGCCCUGGGCACCCGUGGGCCCGCCCUUGCCUGGGGGAGGCCGCUCCUCUGGAGUCGUGGAGAGCAAGGCGGGCAGGAUCCCCGAAGGUGUCAGAGAGAAGGUUUCGUGCCCUCGGCGGGGCGCAUCCCCUCGUAUUUAUAAUCCUAAUUUAUACAGCGGCCGCCACGGCAGCAGAGCCUCUUGUAUGGUUAUGUACAUAGCGCGGGUCUCAGUGCUGUAGAUACGUUGUUCUGUGUAUAAUAAAGCAAGCCCGUUUCUGACCUUC